AUGAAACCUGCCAUGCUUGCCCUCAGAGCUACUCCACAAGGAGAAGAGUAUUUUGAGCUCAACAGAGAGUUUCCCGGCUCGUUGCCAGCGACGGAAAACCAUCAAGGUGGCCUUUCCGAUGCCGAAGAUGAGUCGGAUGCGAAAAUAUUUUCUGUGCCAGAAUCUGCCAAAUGCCCGGUGAAAACCAUAAAAAAUUACUUGUCUCACUUGAAUCCUAAGUUAGAUUGCCUUUUUCAGCGUCCAUGGGAAAAAGCAAGAAGCUUUAAUCGUGAUGAAGAUAAAGUGUGGUACUGCAAUUCGCCUCUUGGAGUGAACAUAAUCUAG